AUGCUGCCCCCUGUUGACGAUGCUGUGCUACAGAGCAACCCGAAUUUCGCGGCCCUCUAUAGUACCCUGACGACGGUCGUGCUGAACCCCGACGGGUCGAGCAAGAAUGACGCUGCCGCAAAGGAGAGCGCCACCGUGAAAGAGGAGCUCAAGCGACACCGACUACAGGCUGCCAAGCAGCACCUCCUCGCCCACGCCAUCGCAACCACCACGCCAACACCGCCCGAAGCACGCCCUGCCCUCCCGGUCCCCGCGCUCAGUCGGCGCGCGAAAUCACAACCGCCAGCGGCCACCCGCCAAGAUCGCAACGCUGCAGACCUCCCAGCGCCCCUCCUCGACCUGCUCCUCCUCCUGCCACCGCUACUAGCCACACCACCUCCGUCCCUCCCGCCCGAGUCAGUCUCCCUGCUGCUGACCAGCCCGCCGCUGAGCGACUUCCCUUCACUCCUCCCACAGCUAGCCGCGCUGGUAUCCAGCACCCUCCACACCUCGGCCGUGCACCUGGCGCGCAUCGUCAGCCCGACGACGAACCCGUCGUUCGUGCACCGGACGAUCCCAGCGCUGCCCAGCCACGCGACAUCGCUCGCACAGGCCGCAGCUGAGCGCACGGCAGCCGUUACGCGCGCGCGCCUGGCGGCCGCCACGGCGCUGACGGCGCUGCUCCACAAGCAGGCGGACGUGCUGGCGCAGCUGGUGCGCGCGCUCGAGGCCAAGCACGGGCCCGUGGCGCGGUCGCUCGAGUUCCGCGCCGGCGAGGCGGCGCUGGUGGCGCAGCGGCAGGCCGCCGACGCCGAGACGGCGCUGUGGACCGCCCGGCGCGACACGUACUCGCCCGACGCAGCGCGCGCGCUGGCCAACUACGCAGCGCACCUGCGCGACGCCAGGACGCGGCUCGCCGAGGCCGUCCGCUCGCGGCAGGGCGAGCUCGAGGAGUAUGGUGUGGAGGGCGGGGAUGAGGCCGGGCCUAGGCCGGGCAAGGAGCGCACCAUGCGCGAGAUGGCGCGCGUGUAUCGCGAGAUGGGCAAACAGGCGGACGAUGUAAGAGGGGACUUGGAGAGGUUGGGGAGGGCGUGA